AAUGCAUAGAAAAACAACAAGCAAAGAACAAAAUAAAACUAUUUUUAAAAUCCUGUCCUUGCUCCCUAUGGCCAAUUGCAGGAGAUGCAACGGAGUUGGGAGGAGGUCUUGGGGACCUAAUCCUCUGCUCCCCACUGCUGCAGGCAACUCCUCCCUCCCGGGACUCGCCCUCCUGCUCCCCUCUGCGCUGCCCCUCCCUGACGGGUGGAAGAGACCAAGUCCUCGAUCAGAUGGAUGCCUUUGGGGAGCCGAGUCUUGCAUCAGUCUCCUUCCAAGGAAAAGUAGAACUGGAGCAAAGCUGCUCUUGGGGAUCCUUCAGGACUUGCUCUUUGGGGGACAUUUGGACAGAAUUGGAAGAAGUGGUGAACUCACCAAAACAGUGAGUAGCACCUGGAUGGAGGCUGGAAAAGUCUGUUUUCCUGAGAAAUAUCACAGACGGCCUCAGCAGCGUCACCUGGAGGAAAAGCAAAGGAGGAAGUCACCUGCCAUCUUUCUACACUGGCUUCUCUUCUGUCUGCUGCUGCCAUCUUUCUCCACCUGCCUCAGUCCUGCUCCCAUGCCCACCCCUGAGAGCGGAGAAGUCAUCGAGUGGUUAAUCCAUUAUGGAUACCUUCCACCAGCAGAUCCUACUACAGGCCAACUACAAACCUGGGAAGCUGUGACAACAGCCCUUCGUGUGAUGCAACAUUUUGCUGGCAUUGCAGAAACUGGGAUUCUAGAUAAUGCCACACUGAGUCUGAUCCGGAUGCCUCGCUGUGCCUUGCCUGAUAUUACCCCCAACUUCCCCUCAGAGCUUUCUUUAAAAGAGCGUGCAAGGAAGAAGAGGUGGCAAAGGAGAAGAAGUCUGGAGAGGCGCAGUGCUGGUUCAAUUUGGACCAAAAGAAACAUCUCCUGGAAGGUGAAGAGCUACCCCCAAAGAGCUCGUCUCAGCCGAGAUACGAUGCGAGUAUUGAUCUAUUAUGCCCUAAAGGUUUGGAGUGAAGCUAUACCAUUAACCUUUCAUGAGGUUGGCGGCCACACUGCUGACAUCUCUGUGGAGUUCCUCCAGUUGGAUCACCAUGACAGUUAUCCUUUUGAUGGACCUGGUGGGAUGGUGGCCCAUGCUUUCUUUCCCAGAGACCCACAGAGGGCUGGCACUGUCCAUUUUGAUGGGGAUGAAGAAUGGACUUUCCGCUCACCAGAUGACUUUGGCACCGACCUUUUUGCUGUAGCCAUUCAUGAGUUUGGGCACAGUCUUGGCUUAGCACAUUCAUCUUCCAAGCACUCAAUCAUGCACCCAUAUUACCAGGGACCAGUAGGAGACCCAUUGCAAUACCAGUUGCACAUAGAGGAUCAUGCUGAAAUCCAGAAGCUUUACGGGAAUAAAGUUUUUCAUUCUACAGAGAAGCAGGACGUAACCACUCCAUUGCCAGGCCUUCUCUCCUUAUCACAGAAUUUCCCUCCCCUCAGACUAGGAAAAGGAUUUCCUGACCGAUGUACCUCCAACAUCGAUGCUGUUGCUCAGAUCCGAGGGGAAACGUUCUUUUUCAAAGAUGAGUACUUCUGGCGCUUGUCCCAAAGCCGCCAUCUCACUUCUCCCCAACCAGCUCUGACCACUCGUUUCUGGCGAGGACUUCCUUCUGCCCUCCACAAAGUGGAUGCUGUUUAUGAGAGACCUACAGAUCAUCGCAUCCUCUUCUUCAGUGGACCCCUCUACUGGGUGUUCAAGGACAAUGGUGUGGAGGAGGGUUAUCCUCGGCCAAUCACGGACUUUGGUUUGCCCCAAGGGGGCAUCAGUGGUGCUUUCUCCUGGCCUUCAGACCAGAAAACCUAUUUCUUCAAGGGCGACCUUCACUGGUGCUAUGAUGAGACCACAAGACACAUAGAGGAAGCCUCCCCUCUCCUCCAGGAAUCCUGGAAGCAGUUCUCCUCCUCUGUUGACUCUGUCUUGAGUGAAAGCGAUGGAACGCUGUAUGUUUUUAAGGGCCAACAGUAUUGGAAGUUUGACCAGGAGACCCUGCAACUCCAAGCAGGAUACCCUCGUUCCAUUGCCACCGAUUGGCUGGAUUGCACCGUCGAAGCUCUCCGGAUAAGGCCUACUAGCCCUUCACUGGGAGUGAAUCUUCCACCCAACUUCCGAGGCCCUCAGCUGAAAAUUGAGGAACGUGUAUGUUUUUGUGCUGCUUUUUGUGCCAUUUCUUCCACUUUGCUCAGUGUUUUGCCCUGGGCUCUCCUGACACUGCAAGGACUUGCCUAGCACGGGUGAGGAAUAUUGACCUGGGAUUACGCUAUGUGUUUCUCUCUGAGCACGAGUGGAGGCACUAUCUCAGAUGAUCACACUGGACACCUGUGGCCAGACAAAAAG